CAGCUGGGCUGUAUUGUUGAAUCGAUGCCUGACUGAGUGGCAUAUGUUCAAACGGACCGGCAUUGAAGUAGAUAGACAUCCAAAUCUAUAAAAGAUAAACAUUAUAUAAUUUAUCUUCCAGUAAUUAUAUAAGUGAAUGAAUGAUUGAAUGGAUGCAUGAAUGAAUGAAUGAAUGAAUCCUAAUCGUCUCCUGUCGGGAAACACAGCUGUUAUUUCCAGCCAACCGCGAAUAUAGAUAAACCAGGAUAUCGUCGCACAAAUUAACAUACGGUGUGUUCGCAGGGAUCCAGACAACAACCUGUCAAUGAGGUAUAUCGUACCAUAUGGAUACGGAAUGAGCGCGGUGCUUGUUGCUGUUGUCGUGAUGGCCACACAGCUGGCUCCGUCAGCUGGUGGAUCAGCUGGCGUUGACCUACGAUCACUGGAGGCCGAGUUUUACCGAUGGCGUGAGAUGGACGCACCGGAGUUUGCCACGGAGACUGGCGUCCACACGUACGACAACACAGUGGAAGAUUUCAGUAUGGUGUCUUUGGAGACGAGAAAGGCCAUAAUAGAUGACUUCAUCACCCGACUCUCAUCCAUCGACACCGACGACUUGACAACGUCGGAGAAAUACAGUUAUGAAGUGUUUAACGACACUCUGUCCACGUUUUCGUCCAACCACCAGUGGCGCUUCUACGGCCCCCUGAAUCCCCUCAACUUCCUGGAAGGCGACCAGAUCGAUCCUGCAUACAGAGUACGGAUCCUCAGAUAUGAAACGAAAGAGGAUUACGAAAAAUACCUCUCCCGGUUGCAGUUGUGGCCCACUAAGUUUGACCAGUACAUCACACGGUUCAAGGUAGCGGCCAAGAACGGAGAUACGUACCAUCGAGUAUCAGUGGACAAAAUCCCAGGACAAAUUGAGCAGCUGCUGGUGACGAAGCCAGAGACAUCAGUCUUCUACAAGCCAUUCACCACUGACCUCGACAAGCUGACCAUCUCUACCAGUGACAAGACAGACAUACGCACACGUGGUCGACAGGCUGUGAUCAAUCUGCUGGAUGCGUUCAGGGAACUCAAGGAGUACAUUGAACAGGACUACAUGUCCCAGACACGCACCACGUACGGUGUGUUGGGGCUGCCUAAAGGAAUCGACUUGUACAGGGCCUGCCUAAAGUGGCACAUCUCCGUGGAUCUCACCCCAGAGGAAGUACAUGAGAAGGGCAGGGAGGAAGUGGCGCGGAUCAGCUCAGAGAUACAGAUAAUAAUGCGGAAAAGAAAUUAUACUGGGACCGUGGCGGAAUUCUACAAACAGUUGAAAGAGCAACCCCAGUUUCAUCUGAACAGUGCCGAAGAACUCCUGAAGGAGUACCGACAUAUGGUCUAUGAGAGAAUAUAUCCACAGCUGUCGAGAGCGUUUAAGAAUAUACCAAACCUCAACGUCAGUGUGGAGGCUAUGCCUAACGACGGCACCGGAGGGAAGUACAUAGCGGGAACAGCCGAUGGAUCGCGACACGGGGUGUUCCAGGUCAAUCUUAAAAGGCCAAACGAAACGAACACGUUCAGUAUGAUGGCAUUGACUCUUCACGAGACGGUACCUGGUCACCAUUUACAGUCGGUGUACGCUCUCACUGCCAGUCUGCCCGACUUCCAGAGGAAUAUUGAAUAUGAGAAAUACUUUGCGGUUCCAUACCACUUUCCGUUUUACACGGCCUAUACUGAGGGAUGGGGUCUAUAUUCAGAAUCACUAGGGGAAUAUUUAGGUAUCUAUAAAGACGAUAACGAAAUGCUUGGUCGAUAUGGGGAAGAGAUAUUCCGUGCGUGCAGACUGGUAGUUGACACGGGAAUACAUUACUUUGGGUGGACACGUCAGGAGGCCAUUACGUACAUGGCUGACCACACUCCGAUUGGCCGGACUGAAAUAGAGUCCGAAAUAGACCGCUACAUCACCUUACCAGGUCAAGCAUGUGCAUACAAGAUUGGGGAACUAAAAAUUAAGGAACUGCGACAAACUGCGAGGAGAAAACUAGGUUCCAAAUUCGAUAUAGGAGACUUCCAUAGCCAGAUUCUGGAGAAUGGCCCAGUCCCUCUAAGUCUCUUAGAGAAGAUCGUCAAUAACUGGAUAACGGAAGUUUCCGGAAACGUAGCGACAUCUAGCGGUGGUGGUUCCAUGUGACACAACUCUUUCUGUGGCUAAACACUGUGGGGUUAAUCCUGACAGACAGAGCAGAAGUUCGUUCAUCUUUGUUUAGCUUUUAGUUUUAUGUGUAGAACUUCAGCUACAGUGUAUAUACUGACAUAUAUUUAUGUACAUCUACGUAAUAAAAGGUUUAGAAAA